AGUCAGAAACAAGAGGGAGCCGAGAGAAAGCUGAAGUCGGGAAACACUGAAUCGCACCCUAAUCCUCUCUAGAGAAACCGCCGCCAAAAUGUUCCGGCAAACCGCUCGCCUCCUGGCUCGCCGCGUCUCCGCCGUGCGAUCGUUCUCUAGCGAUGUUCCGGCGAAUGCGGCCGCCGAUUCCAAUUUCAUCGAGUCAUGGAAGAAAGUGGUUCCGAAUCUGGAUCCGCCACAGACUCCUCUCUCCUUCAUGAAGCCUCGUCCCGAGACUCCGGCGACUUUGCCGACCAAGCUCACCGUCAAUUUUGUCCUUCCUUACUCGUCAGAGCUCGCUGGCAAGGAGGUCGACAUGGUCAUCAUCCCGGCAACAACCGGGCAAAUGGGUGUGUUGCCUGGUCACGUGCCCACAAUCGCAGAACUCAAGCCGGGUGUCUUUUCCGUGCACGAAGGGAAUGAUGUGAAGAAGUACUUCCUGAGCAGCGGAUUCGCAUUCAUCCAUGCAAACUCGGUGGCUGACAUCAUAGCAGUGGAGGCUGUUCCACUGGACCGCAUUGACCCGGCCCUUGUCCAGCAGGGCCUGACCGAGUUCACCCAGAAGCUCAACUCAGCUACCACAGAGUUAGAAAAGGCCGAGGCCCAGAUCGGAGUUGAAGUUCACAGUGCCCUCAACGCCGCCCUCACUGGCUAACUAAUAAGGUAAUUCUACUAUCGCCUUUUUCUUCCUCACCGUGUCCUUUUGCCUGUCUGCUUCUCGUUCUAUGAUCUUGCAAAAAAAAAAAAGUAUUUUGGGUCUUGUCGACACAUCCUUUUUUUUAAUUAUCCAAAUGGAAAAUAAGAGUAUUGGAGGCAAAUAAUCAGCAAAAAAACAAAAACAAAAGCAAAAACAGUCUGUUUUGUUGAGAUGUGUUUUUUAUGUGUCUUGUAUCUUUUUUUUAUCAGACAAACAAAUGUUUCUUUAUUUCAUUCCAAUUUCAGCA